AGUUGGCAACGGUGACUCUUGCACACGGAAGCAACAGAAAGCGGAGGAGUAAACGUUAAAACAUUUUUGCUUUUCUUCUUUUUAAAUUGCCCGCUACGUUUACCUUAGACUUGGGUAACGUUAGGACAAACGACAUAUAGCAGACAUAUAAUACGAGAGUCAUGUUUGUAAGAUGCUGGGUCAUUUAUGUAUUAUUUAUUCAUCUGAUAGAUAAAGUGUCUCUGCAGGUCAGUGGUUUCGUUGGAGAUUCUGUCCUCUUGCCAUGUUCAUACCAGGAUAGAGAACUAAAGCCAGAAGACAUUAAUGUGUUUUGGAGAUACAAUGAAAGCAAAAAUGUUUAUGAUAUCGAAAAAGGGAAUCCAUCAACAAACAAACAGGAUGCAAUGUUCAAGGGUCGAAUAAAAAGUGUUCUCUCACGGCACGAGAAUGGGAACUUUUCUCUUAUACUCUCAAAUCUGAUGGUCACCGACACAGGGCAGUUCUCAUGUGAUAUCCCAGGUGUGAAAAAGGAAUUCAAACUAACGCUGCAUGUCAAAGCACAUCCAACAACAACGUCUACUACAGCGUCUAAUCUAAAAUCGACGUCUGAUACAAGAAGCUCUUCCAUGAAAACACAACCAGAGGGGAUUGCAACUUUCCUGACUGUUGUUUUGGAAUUUUUUCUUUUGCAUUAUAUCUGUGUACUUUACUAGAGUUACUCUUUACUGUAUUGCUUAACUGUGUUGCAAAUUGUGCCUUUCUUCAAUGCUUAGUAAUAGUUGUUUGUACCCUUGAACCAAAUGUGUUAUAUUCUGACUGCUGUACAAAACUGUGGCCAAAUUCAGUAGCAUAAUUAUAAGAGACAGAUGUUUGAUAUUCAUUUUAUUUUUAUUUAAGUUUAAACUUUUUGUCUUCCAGACGUUUCCAAAAAGCAUUGUUAGCCAACUACACGAGUUCUGUCAUUACCAACAAUUCAGUGUUUCCCUAAACAAUACAGUUUUAAAGAACAUUUGCAAACAGCAUCGCAAAGUUGUGUGGUAGGAACUACAGCUCUUGACCUGUGGCUAGAAGCAGAGUUUCUUUGUAUGACAUGGACUGAUAGCGAUAAUGCUCUUGAGUAUAAGCAACAUGCACAUCUAUUUCUUUCAUUCAUCAUUUUAGUUUGUAAAUAGACAGAAUGAAAGUGCCGUGUUUGAAGAGUAUGAAUGUGCUCAAGAGCCCAGGAGUAUGAAGUAAGAAUGAACCCAUGAUUAAAACAAACACUUGGAAAUAAACCAGUGGAGAACAAAAA